AUGGCGUGGACGGAAGCCUUUUAUCCACAACCCUAUGAUCCACAUGUUUUGCAGAUAUUUCCCGCUCCUCAGCAGCCCACCACCACCAUCCUGCAGCAGCUCCCAGCCGCCAUCAUGCCUCCUGGCUCUGCUCCUUCCAUUAGGCCUGGUGGUCACGUCAAGGAGGACCUGGUGGAGAUGAUGAUGAUCCAGAACGCCCAGAUGCACCAGGUCAUCAUGAGCAACAUGACCGUGUCUGCACUCAGAUCGUUUGGAUACGUCAGUCCUCCAUCUGGACCCGUGACUCCCAGAGAUCUGCAUCUAAUUCAAGAAAGUGAGACUGACCCAGAGAUAUUCCACCAUUAUUACCAACCGGCCCCGCACCUGUCCUAUCCAGCAUGGCUCCUGCCUCAGGCCACGCUGAUAUACCAAAACCCCAACAAACCCACAACUGCUGCGCUCCGCAACGACAGACCUGACGUCCCUCUUCCUCCUCCUCCACCUCCACUCAUCACCACUGGGACAAUAUCAGCUGAUGUCACUCCUGCAGCAGAGAAUAACAGCGCUGAAGAGGAACGAUAA